AUGAAUGCUAGUGGUUUUUUCUUUUUCAAGUUUGCUGAUGAGAAUGGUAUGAUGAAUGCUAUGAAAGAAGGUCCUUGGAUCAUUCGAUCACAACCGCUUUUUCUGAAUGUAUGGUCUCCAUCCUCGAAACUGGAAAAGAAGGAAGUUAAAACGGUGCAGCUUUGGGUUAAAAUUCACGAGGUUCCUCUUGCGGCAUAUACAGAGGAUGGCUUAAGCAUGAUUGCAACGGCCAUUGGUAAACCAAUAGCUUUAGAUACAUAUACUACCUCAAUGUGCUUAGAUUCAUGGGGUCGGAGCAGCUUUGCGAGAGCUCUAGUAGAAAUCUCGGCAGACAAUGACCUCAAGGAGGAGAUCGUGAUUGCUGUUCCAGAUUUGGAAGGGGAUGGGUUUGCUAAGGUAAAGUUGUUUGUGGAAUAUGAAUGGAGCCCUCAUCGAUGCUCUCUUUGCAAGGUUUUUGGGCAUAAUGAUGGGGAUUGUCCGAGGCAAAUCAGACAGGUUACGAAGGCUCCGGCCAGUGUUCCAAAAGUUCAUAAAGCUCCUAAUUCUAAAGGGACUACGAAAAAACCAGUGGUAGACAAAGACGGGUUCACGGAUGUGGAAGCUAGGAAAACGGCAAAGAGAACUGGGUUUCCGGUUAACAAACAAAAACAAAGAUUUGAGUACCGUCCGGUUGGGUUAAAAACCAGUGGAGAACCGAAUAAAUCAGCCCCAUCUUCGAGUUUCUUCUCAAGGAACCCCUUUGAUGUGUUAAACGACUCGAGUAAUGACCAUGAAGCUGGUGGAAGCGGAGCAGGGGACACGAAAGAUGACUCGGAUGAUGAUGAGGUCCAGGAGGUCUACAACGAGACGGAUGAAUUUCUUGUUAAUGACGCGAGUAAACCUGUAACUAAACAAGGGGCAAGCACUCCUUUUUCAGCGGUUAAUAAUGGUUAG